AUGCACGGCGUGAUUGGCGAAGAUAUUGCCGCUCGAAACUGUUUGCUCUCUGGAACGGUAGUCAAAUUGGCCGAUUUCGGGAUGUGUCGUGCCACUCUCGUUUAUAAAAUUGACCUUUCAAAACCGCAAAAUGUCCGAUGGCUUGCACCCGAGGUUUGGCGUUCUGGCGAAACAAGAUUCUGCACGGAUGUGUAUGCAUUUGCAAUAACAUUAUGGGAAUUAUUUACAAUACCGUAUGUUCAUCCGUACACCAACUGGAAAGCGUACAAAGUUAAGGAAAAGGUAAUGGCUGGCUAUCGAAUGCCAAGUCCGAACGAUAUGCCGGAAUUGGUGAGCACAAUAAUGCGGCGGUGCUGGAGCCAUGAUCCUGCAAAACGACCAACUGCCAAGCAAGCACGAGAUUUUCUGGAGGAUGUUAACAAGGUUAAUUUUUCAGUUUCGUUUCUGCGAGUAUUAGAUUUCUAA